CUCUUCAACCGCCUCUUCGCUUUUCUGACCUAGACGUUGUUAUGUUUGGCUCCACCUCUAUUUGAUGAGCGACCACACUGAAAUGCAACCUGCAGCAAGAUCAGUAAGAAGUACGAUGGCGCGCUUGUUUUCCUCAUUUCGCAGGAAACCUCUUCCGCCCCCUCUUCCAGGACCUCUUUUACAUCAAGAUGAACCUGUCGAUGAAGAGAUCUGUCCAGGCUAUAAUUCCAAGAAAUUCUACCCGGCAAGUCCUGGGGAGGUACUAGCCAAUCGGUAUCAAAUCCUUGUAAAGGUUGGCUGGGGAGUGUCCUCGACUUGGCGAAUCAGAACCUGAAAGUGUUGUAGCACUGAAGAUAACCAACACCAACAAGAGUUCUGCCAAGGAUGAACUUGAAAUUGAAGCGCAUAUUUCUGGGACAGAUCCAUCCCAUCGUGGCUAUCCACUUUUUCGAACAUCCUUAGAUUGGUUUGAGGUCAGCAGCCCAGAAGGAGCACAUUUAUGUCUUGCGUACGAGCCCAUGAGAGAGCCAAUAUGGCUUUUCCAGAGGCGUUUUAAAGAUGGGAGGAUCCCCCUUCCAAUUGUCAAGACGUACAUACUCUUUCUUCUGGCAGGCCUUGAUUAUCUUCAUGAGGCAUGUAGAGUUGUCCACACUGAUUUGAAACUUGAGAAUAUCAUGGUUACAUUUGAGGAUUCGGCUGUGCUUGGUGAUUUCAUGAACUCUCAGUUAGAUCAACCAAUGCAUUAUAAAAUUGACUCCACAGGCCGACCAGUUUAUCGCUGUCACAAUGACUUCGGGCCACUGAGGAAGAUCAACAAUAUAAUACCGAAAAUCGUUGACUUUGGGCUAGCCACAAGACUCGAUUGCGAUGACUGUGGUAUUUACCCUAUCCAGCCAGACCACUACCGCGCACCGGAGGUUAUUCUUGGUUGUGGGUGGAGAACAAGCGCGGAUAUUUGGAACCUGGGUAUUCUCAUUUGGGAUAUCAUGCAGGGACAAGAGCUUUUCCACCAGGUUUACGAUAAACAAGGCCAUUAUGAUGCUAAAGCCCAUCUCGCCGAAAUGAUUGCCCUGCUCGGUCCUCCUCCCCCUGGACUAAUCGCAAGGACCUACUCAACGGUGGGCUACAAAUUUCCUGAGCCGGUAAGGAAGGAUGAUGGGAAUGUCUGUGAGAAUUCUGAACAAUAUUUCGGUGGCCCUUUUUUUAGUAAAGAUGGCAAGUUUUUGCAUGAUGACUUGAUUCCCAAUCGAACACUGGCAGACACCAUUCCCUCUCUUGAAGAGAGUGACAGAGAAAAUUUCCUGUCGUUUGUAAAGAUGAUGCUUUCGUGGAUCCCAGAGGAGCGAAAGACAGCGGGGGAACUGAUGAAGCAUCCAUUUCUUCGCCUUAAAUGAGCCGAGCGUGCUCGAAAUUGACAUUGGGUCUCGAAAUCUGCGGCUAACGGAUGCUUGAGUGGGUUGAAAGGGUAGUUUGUUUUACUUGAUGUUGUUAGCGGAGUGUCUCAGCUGAAUUUUACCCAAUUCCAUCAA